AUGUCCGAGAACGUUGGGCUGCCCGCGCUCCCCAAACCACCGCAGGGUGCGGGCUCCUACGAGCCAAAGUCCCCCCUCGGGUACGCGUCCACCGUCGGGCUCCAGGCCGCCAUCGUCGGCACUUUCGUCAGUACCGUCCAAAAUGCGCUAGGGACACAUAAUAGAGGUGCAGCUGGCUUCCUCACAAGAAGUGGUGGGACGAUCGGGGUGUUCGCUGCUAUGGGCGCGACGUUCGCAUUUACGGAGUCCGCACUCGCAAAUUAUCGCGAGAAAGAUGAUGCUUUGAAUGGCGCAGCGGGCGCGUGUGCCGCAGGUUUCUUGGCCGGUAUCCGACGGCGUUCUGUGCCCGUUGCAUUAGCUUCGUGCGCCGUGAUGGGUGCCGUGAUGGGCACGUUUGAUUACGGCGGAAAGAGCUUGCAGGGUACAUCGGAGACGCAAGAGGAGAGACGAAAACGUUUCUUUAAGAGCACGCCUCCAACUCAUCCAGCCAUCUCAUCGGGGUCGGACUAG